CUCGGAAUCAUUCUAAAACAAUCUCACUGGGAUUCAUUUCCUCACACACUAGCUCAUAGAAAGGCGCUCGUAACAAACUAAAAUCGUGGCGUGUAUAUUUAUGAUAUAGCGCGGUGAAAAGAAAAAAAAACGAGAAAGAAAGUGGUGUGUGUGUGUCUGUGUGUGUGUGUAUGUGUGUGGCUGCCCUGCCCACCCAUCGCCACCAGUUGCCUUGCACACCCCUGCAGGCGGGGCCGUUUUCUGUGGGCUGCGGCCUGUGUGUUGAUAUCGAUGUGGAGGAGACGAUAUAACUGGUUACUUAUUCUCUCCACCAGAUAUUACCGAACCUAAGAUGGCGCUGUGUAAUCCAAUAAAGAGGAAGCCUGUGUAGUGUAGUAGGCUGUAGCGGUGUGGUUGUGGGGCUGCGGUGGUAGUGUGGUGGUGGUGGUGGUUGUGGUGGCACUGUCUGACUCUCCUCUCCCUCUCUCUCUAGUGUGGGCUCAGUGGCUCUCUAAGUCUCACCAUGGCUGGCGGGUCCAAUACACGUUUGCUACUUGUGACAGCCAACAUUGCUUCUUGUUUUGAACAGCCUGACACUAUGCUGAAGCCAUGGAUUACAGAAUUCUUGAAGACUGUGGAGGAACACGAGCCCCACUUCAUUGCCCUUCACUGCCAGGAGGUGGGUGGCAAGAAUUAUGAGGAGAGCAUGCAACAUGUGGAGCAUUUUAUAAGAUCAUUGAUGAAUAGAGGAACAAUGCUACCCUUUGACAAGAUUAGAGUUUACUUAGAUGAAGAGUACGAAUCUGCUGAAAAGUUCACUGCCCUAGGAAACCUAUACUUCAUUCACCAAAGCAUACAAGAUGUUCAGUUAUGGGACUUUGAAGUGCAAGUGGUCUCGUAAAGGGUUUAUGAGAACUCGCUGGUGUCUGAAUGGAACCAAGUUUGAUCUAGUUAAUAUUCAUCUUUUUCAUGAUGCUUCAAAUUUUGUUGCAAUGGAAGGGUUCCCAUCAGUGUACAGCCGUAACCGCAAAAGAGCUUUAGAGCACACACUUGACAGGUUUCAUAAUGACAACUAUGAAAAAGUGCCAAUCUUCCUCUUUGGAGACUUCAACUUCCGACUCAAUACUCAAGCUGUAGUCAAGAAAAUUAGUGAGGGAUGUACACUAGUGGAUGCAGAGCUACCAGAUACAAAUGAGAAAGCACAGAAUUUUCAAGAUGACAAAGGUCAAGUACGGCUUAUGGUAUCCAAGAAGACCUUCAAGCAUCAGGAUCACCAAAAUGUGUUCCUCAAGGACAAUGGAAACUGGCUUCGUGAAUUUGACCAAGAAGUAGCACAAUUUGGAGAUAGAUUAGCAGAAUUCCCCAUCACCUUUCCUCCAAGUUACCCAUUUGAAGAAGGUGCUGAAGGAGAAGGCUCUCAUUACAUGCAGACACGUUGUCCUUCGUGGUGUGAUCGUGUCGUCUUGGACAAAGCAGCAAAGAAACUUGUUGAUUCAAGUGGCAGUAAAGUGAAAUAUAAUCUUAUUGGCCUGACAACCACUAUGGGAGAUCAUAAGCCAGUGGGCCUUUGUGUGGAGGUUCCCAUAGGAGCAGGUACAGUGCAGUGUUGCUCACCUCAGGCACCAUGUCGUAACUUUGUGCAUGACCCUGCUGCUCAGUGUUUUGUGCAGUCAGGCUGGUGCCUCUGUCAGUCCUAUCCACCCUGCCCAAGACCCAUAGUAGCAUCUGUGUGCUCCAACAACCCACUCUUAACCCCUCUCCCAGGCCAGGUUCUUCCUGUGACCCUAGCCUCUGCAUGUCUCAACCCAGUAAAGGUUGACAUGUCCUUCACUCAAGAUAAUGUGAACACCCCAGAACAGUGUUUAGUGCCUCAGUGUGUGUGUAGUGCUGGUGUUAGUGAGGAAAAGCUUAGUCAUCAGUGUCACUGUCAGUUCCGAACCACAGAUCCUCAAGUGAUACCUGAAGCUGGAGUUAAGUCUGGAGACCUGAUGAGGAAUCUUUUGCUGUUAGGUGCUGGCUGUGAUACCAGAGCAGGCUUGGAAAACACUGAACAGUUGUUGAAAAGAGUCAAUUCUGCACCUAACACUAGCGUUGUACCGCCCAAACCAUAUCACCACAUUCCCUUGGCAUCCUCACACUCCCUUGACACUGGUCGGUGCCUUCACCUGACGUAUGCACCUAAUGCUAAACUGCGACUCAGGUCUUCCUCCUCAAGAUUUUUAUCACAUCACAGUUCUUCUACUGAAGAAUGGUUUGAAGAAGUAUUUAUAUCUCAGGAUCCAAAUAAAUGUGAAGACAAAUCAUGUGAUACACUUGUAGCUGCAACCUCACCUGAACUUAAAGAAUCCAACAAGGAUACCAUUCCAUCUCCAAUCACAUCACCAAAUAGUGUUAAUACAGACAGAAAAUCCUCACCAAUGUCAGGGGAGCAUCAGGAAGAUGUGACUUUAUGGGAUCCUGUUAACCAGGUGAGAAAAGAAUCUAUUGGUGACAGCUUAGGUGCUGAGAGCUUGGGUGAAUGUAGUGAACAGAGGGAAGAAAGUCUUAGCACUAAAGAAUUAUCAGUGGACCAUGAGCAUUCAAGCACUGAACAACACUCCCUCAAUAACUUGCUCCUAGCAGACAGUUGUGAUCAACUCUCAGCUAAGAAUCUUUCACAGUCCGGGUCUAGCCUAAGUGCUCACUACAGUGAAGAUAGUGUUUCCACUGCAGGCAGGCUCCUCAAGGAUGGGGAGACUGUGUCACAGGCCCCCACUUUUGACAUAGCAGAUGUUGACCCCAGUGAUGUAAGUGCUUCCAAGCAACAUGCAAUUAGUCAAAAGCCUAGCAGCAAGUCCAGUACUGACAUGUCUGAGCACCCACAACCUGGCCACUGCUGUUGUGUUCUGUCCUAACCUUGGCUGCAUAUACCUUCCUGUAGUAUCCCAUGAUGGGACUCCAGUUGACGAGCCUGUGUGGCAGUUGAGAGAGCCAAAGGAGGCAACCAGUCCAUCUGGCCACUUGUCAGAUUCUGCAAAUGAAAGUGAGGAGCCAGUAUCUCAGGCCAUGUGGUGUGGACCAUCAGGCAUUGUGGCUACACGUUAUUUGGCCUCCCCUACUACUGCCUCAGACAGCCAUGUACACAUAUUCAGGGAGACCACAGUCUAGUUUAUGGUUAGUAUGUUAGAUUCCCUAUUAUUUGGAAUUCAUGAUGAAAACAUUGUUGAACUUUAUGUAUUGAAAAGGAUUUUUAACAAAUGAGCUUUAAUUUGGAGGUGACAUUUGCUCUUAAAUGGUCGAAAUUACCUUUCAGAGUUCUGUCAUCAUUGGUAAAUCUAUUUUGGCAAAUAUUGUUCUUUUUGUAAAACUACAUCGAUAAAUUUCAGAAAUUCUAAAUAGUUUGCAGGAAGUAGAGGAAGUCGGGAUAUUACAUUAAAUCUUAUGUAAUUUUCCAUUCUUAUUAUAUAAAACAUUUGUGUUAUUCAAAUUAUGUAAUGUGUAACUGUAGAUUACCAAAGUUCACUUGUUUUAUAUUAUUUUCUGAGAAUAGUCAAUGAAUUUCAUUACUCCAAAAUUUCACAAGUCAUCAGUCAACUUUUGAAGGACAUUGUGUACAGACUGACAUUUAUCAUUCCUAAAAAUAUUUAUGAACCUCAAAAGUUAUGUAUAAUUUUUGUUGUGUGUGUGUUUGAACAGUCAGCUUGAGCCAGUCAGUUGUUGCUGACUGUUAGACAAAAGUUAUGAUCUGUUUUUUUAAUAAUAACUCAGUUUAUAAUGGACUUCUGAAGUCAAGAUUUGUGCAACGCAAGGUACAAUGCAGUUAGGUACUAAUUAAGUCAGCUGGUAGGUUAUAAAUGCCAUCUGUUAGGAGACUGGUAGUGUAUUGGUUAAUGUGCUCAUUUCACAGCUGGGAGGAUUCACUUUCUUUGUCAGGUAGAGAUACUUGGGCAUGUUUCCUGUCACAGAGAGCUGACUUUUAAGUUCAUACACUAGACAUAAGUUUGGGAAUUCCAAUCUCACAUUGAGCAGAACUGUGUGGCUAGGGAUACUAAACUUCCAUAUUUGUAUACUUGCUGCAAGAGACCAGAUGUAAUUCAUGCUGCUAGUGUUAACAUAAUAUACAAGAGCCCCUGCAUCCUUGAACCAACAUUUGUGCAUAUAUAACUCUGUCUCACAACCACCACUCACCAGGGUGCCACUUCUCAAAUCUCACAUCAACACCAUGCAAUAUCUGCUGGAAAACUGUUGCAGAUUCUAAGCAUGAAAAGUACUGCCAGCACAGAAAAAGUGAAGAUACUGUAAAGAUUAAUGGUGCUGACAAAUAAGUGGUGUCUGCUGAAAAUUAAAUUUCAGCCUAUACACAGUUAAGAGUUGACUACAUGUUCCAUUAACAGUAAAGAAAAGGAUUUAG